CCUGGUAUUCCCGGUAAUCCGGGUAUUCCCGGUAAUCCGGGUAUUCCCGGUAAUCCGGGUAUUCCCGGUAAUCCGGGUAUUCCCGGUACUCCGGGUACAGGAGGUAUCAGUGGUGGUAAUGGAGGGUUUGGCUGCGCAAAAGCAGAGGAUAGAAAUGCUAUAAAUGAGAACAAAAUCGAAGACAUCGUUGCUUUCCCUAACUGA